CACCGCGAUACGCUUUAUCAAUCUAGCUGUGCUAACAAAUGCUCUUAAAUGUUUAAAGAUUUGUUUAUUUUUUGCUCCGAUCUCCUAUCUUGUUUCGAGGUUAGGCUUUUAAAAAAACAAAACAAAUUUGUAAAAAUAAAUAUGACCCUGGCUCCUACUAAAACAAAACGGUUAUUGCAUCGAGCGACACAGAAAGAUCUGCGCAGUCUGGGGCACUUAAUGGUUCGUUCACUUAUGACGAAACGCUCACAUUAUUGUCCAUGCAUCAAUAAGACUCAAAUGUCACAAAUGGAGGUCCAUAAAAGACAAUCCAGAAAUUGCUUAGGUGCGUCAUUUGUAGCUAAGUUACUGCUUGUUGUCAAGCUAUCAACAAUUGGAUACGGAAACGUAAAAUUAGACAAAAUUAAUAACUUCUUUGAAAUCAUUGCUCCCCCCCACUCUUUAAGUUGCUAUGAUUACAGUUCACGUGUCGAAAUUUAUGAUCGAUGCUACCUAGAUAACCCUCUUGUAAAUAACUACUUAAAACUCCUUGGUAGUUUUACAAAGCUGUUUUCAGUUACACCUAAUUGUAUACUGUUAUCAUAAACAUUAGUCUAAUCAAACGUCAUUACCCUAGUGGUCGAGGCUUUGAGAGCAUAUUAUGCUCACCCCUACCAGACAUGUUCACCAGAGAAGUGAUUAAUAAUUCAGAAGAUGAAAUACAAGCCUCGCGAUUAUACUGCCCCGUUAUUGUAAUUAGACCGAUUCAAGUUGAAGGAAGCAGGAUAAAACAUACGAGCACUUUAAUCUCUUACUGGUGUAAAAGAAAUUGCAAUUAAUGAUUCCUCCAAUCCUAUCAAGUCAGCGCGCUACUCUCGCUUCCUGUAGCAGAUCGUAUACUAUUAUGCAUAGGAAGGUGAUAUUAGCGUCUGCUCAAAGGCAGUUCCUGUAAAGUCCAAAUCAACUUUUGUGAAGGGAACCGGGCAAACUAGUAACCAGGAGAAAUCUUCAAGAGUCGCGGGUAGAGAUAAACUUUACUGACCUUACCGCGGACAUCGCCCGCAAGAAAGUCUCGAAUAUGUUCAUUAAUUUCUUGUGGCCUGUUAUUCUAACAGCCACGUUAACAGCCUCGAUUGCUAAUAAUUCAACGAGGAAAAAACUCUGGAUUGGCGCUUUUUUUACUGUGGAUAUUUCUGAUGGCGGCUGGAGUUCUGCUGGAGUUUUGCCUGCCGUGGAAAUGGCGAUAGAAGACGUGAAUAAUUCAACGAUUUUACAAGACUACGAGCUGCAUAUGGAAUGGAGAGACACAAAAUGCAAACGAGGCUAUGGCAUCAGACAGUUAAUGGACCUCCUCGAGCUGCCAUCAGACAAAUCCCCCAUUAUGCUUAUCGGCGGUGGUUGCUCUGUUGGGACAGAAGCGACGGCCGAGGUCUCCCAUUUUUGGAACUUGAUUCAGAUGGCGUUUAGUGCAAAUUCGAUGCACUUGUCUGAACAGGCCCGUUACCCUCUUUUGUUCCGGACUUGCUACACAGAGAGCAUUGGUAAUCCUGCAAGGAUCGCCAUUCUCAAACGAUACGGCUGGAAAAACGUCGCCACUGUUUAUCAGAACGAAGGACUCUUUACGCUAACAGCCAUUCAUUUAAGGGAGAUGCUGGACAAAAACAACUUCACGGUCAUCUCAUCAGAAAACCUUGCAAACGACCCUACCUUCCAGAUACUUAACCUAAAGCAAAAAGAUGCUCGUAUCAUAAUCGGGAUGUUCUAUUCAGCAAUGGCAAGGAAGGUUUUCUGUAGGGCAUACAAGGAAGGUAUGUACGGUGCACGGUACCUAUGGCUUAUUCCUGGAUGGUUUAGCGACCAGUGGUGGAACAUCACAGACACUGAUUGCACGCCUGCGCAGAUCAAGCUAGCCGCUGGAAACUAUAUCGCGAUCAUGGAGUCAACCUGGAGCACAGAUCCCCGUUUAACGAUAAACAGACAGACUGCGGCUGAGCUAACAGAGCGGUACUUCAAGCGUGUCGAUGCCACACCCUAUACCCGUAACGAAUACAGCGUAUUCGGAUACGAUGCAGUGUGGGCCGUGGCGCAGACGCUGGAUAAAGCCAUCCCUGUACUGCGGGCUCAAGGCAGAGUGCUUGAGGACUUCCGGUUCAAUGACAGCUCGAUGUCCGCUCUGUUCAAGUCCAUCCUUCAAGGCCUUCACUAUCAGGGAAUGUCGGGUGAGAUCAUGUUCAACAGUAAAGGUGAUCGUAUCGGCUCAGCAAUCGUGAAACAGCUUCAAGGAGAUAGAGAGGUCAAAAUUGGGACUUACGACUCUAUCCAUGGCACCUUAAUACUUGACGGACCCAGCAAGCUUAUAUGGCAAGAUGGAGCGAUUCCUGUUGAUCGAAUGGUGGUGAAGUUGAAGCUGGUGUCUGUGUCGGCCUCCCUCUUCAUCGUCAUCACUCUGUUCUGCUCAAUAGGGAUCCUCCUGGCCUUGGGAUUUCUCGCCUUCAACAUUCACUACAGGGAAAGAAGGUUCAUUCGCAUGAGUAGUCCCCGGAUGAAUAGUAUCACCGUGAUUGGCUGCAUAAUCAUCUAUUUUGCCGCCUUAUUGUCAGGACUUGAUGGCAAAUACCUUAGUGAAGAUCAGUACUCGACACUCUGUCAGGUGAAACUGUGGACCCUGUCAGUGGGCUUUACACUUGCGUAUGGCGCUAUGUUUUCCAAGACUUGGCGUGUUCAUGUCAUUUUCCUACGAAGAAUUGAACGAAGGUCAAUUCGUGACCAUCAGCUUUAUGGUAUCGUUAUUGCGUUACUCGCAGUGGAUACGGCGCUCCUAGCCGCCUGGCAAGUCCUGAACCCCUUCAUACGCGCUAUCAAGUAUUUGCCCAUCGAAAAGGAUGAGAAUGGGUUUGAAGCUGUGCGCCCUUACAUCGAGUACUGCUCCUGUGACCACGUGAUGGAGUGGAAAGGGGUUAUUCUUGCCUAUAAGGGACUCUUGCUCAUUCUCGGCGCGUUUCUCGCGUGGGAGACUCGCAAUGUUACCAUCCCCGCGCUAAACGACUCACGGAACAUCGGCGUGUCAGUAUAUACUGUGGUGCUCUCUUGCGUUGUUGGGCUUCCUGUGGUGCUGGUCGUUAAGGACAUGCCGGAUUUCACAUACGGACUUGGGGCGUGUGUGUGCAUCAUAUGCACCACGAUCACACUUUGCCUCAUGUUCAUACCCAAGAUUCUCGCUCUCGGUAAACCAGAAGAAGAGAGCUCCACACUUCAAACAUCCCGCUGCGCAACCAAACAUGCUAAAGUCAUUCCAGUAGAUACAACAGAGAGCACAUCCCAAAGAGGCGGCAACAUCGCAAACGAAUCGCCACGAAUAUCUGUCCGUGUACAUAGCGCAGACCAAGCCUGUGUUUCACCAUCUAGAAAACAAUCAAAUCAUUCAAAAUCAAUAAGCUUUGUCCCAGAUUGUGACAUAACCUCAAAUGUAUCAGCGCAGGACGCACACUUGACUUCGAGACCAGCUGUCGAGUUAAGUGAAGGAUUUCGCGCAAACAAAGAUACCAUAGUUGAUAAAAAUUCCAGCUCGAAUUUAAAAGAAAUACAAAAGUCUCAAGCAAGUAGUUUGCCAAAGAUCGAACAUGGCAGGUCAUUGGUGGGAAAUUAUCUUUCUGAUGGAGAGAAUUCCAGACAAGAGCAUAGAGAUGAGCAGCGUGGUGUAGCCGAGAGUCUUAAGUUAGCCGUCGCCGGGGAUUCUCUCCAUUUAGAGAGUAUGGAGACCGAGGAGGAGAGCAGGACUGGGGAGAAUACUGAGCAAGCAAUACACAUACCCACUCAAAAAGAAACACAUGUUUCUAGGUAACACCAUGCGCAAAGUAGCCAAGAAAGACGAGGCCAUCCUUAGUUUGGAAUGUUUAAAUGUAACAAGAACAUAUUAGGAAAACCCCAUCAGAUUAGGAAGACAACAGUAGAGUGCCCAGCGAAUCAAAGUACGGCGAGCAUUUGUUCUCGCAAAUAAAUUUAUUAACUAAGGAUCUGUUUUCUCUAGCCCUAUGCAUUAAAAUGCGUAAAUAUGGUGUUGAGUGCUUGCGAGUCGUUCGCACUAAAUUAAUGCUGUCACAUUCGUCUUUCCUCUGCAUAAAAGAAUUUGGUAGCAUUAAAGAAUGAAGUCUUUUAUUGACGAUAUUUGAUUGAAAAUAUCUUGGAUACUCGCUUGAAUUAGCCAAUGGAAAUGGAUGCUUUGUGUGACUCCGCAUUUAGCGGGAGCAUAAAAUGUCAGCGUGAUUGCCCUUCUUUAAAGGGGGAUGCUGAAGAGUUUGUUAAAUAUUUUAACCUAUGAAAUAUAUACCUAUGUCCAACACU